CUGAUUGUAGCUGAUCAUAGUUGGUAGCUGAUUGUAGUUGAUGGCUGCGUGUGGCUGUGUGUUUCGCUUUUUGUAAGAAAUCCACUUUUGAUUAAUUAUGGACAAACUAAUAGACGAUGAUGAUUUGAUGGAAAUCCUUUUAAAAAACACAUCUCCCAGACAAAAAACUGAGCAGAAGUUUCCAUGUACUUCUAUAGUGGAAAAACCAGUAAUGAGCGGUAAGUCGCAAGUGUUUUCAAAAGAUUCUACAUUUCAAAAGAAAUCAGAAUAUCAAGAGGAAACUAAGCUUUCGGAAAAUGAUAUCGACGACUGCAAUAAUUUAUUGAAUUUCAACAAACAGAUCAUUUCUUUUUUGCUUGAUUUGAAAAAACAGAUAACCUAUGCUCUUAAACAAUGUGAGAAGAAAUUGACAGUAAUAGAGUCAAGCCUUGAAAAACAUGUAACUGGAGAUUCAAGAGCUUUAAUUUGCAAUGCCGGUAUGCCUUAUUUUAAGGACAGAAAUUAUUUUUUUGCUUCCAACAACGAUGACGAAACAUUGAAAGAAAAUCAUAAAGAAUUACAACUCAGGAAUCUUCCCAAAGUAACUCCUUGGACAAUCAGAGAAAGGAAUAUGUUGUUUAGAGCAGUACAGACAGAAGCUACUACAACUCCUAAUAAGGUUUAUGACAUGUUAAAUGAAUCAACAGAUAAACCUCAUUGGAAAUCUAAUGGAAAAAAAAAUAAAAAAAAAAUGUUGUUGGUCACAGACGAAGAAAAACUGACUGUCCUGUUGCAAGAAACAAAUUUUGAUUGGUUUAAAAUAUCGUCUACUUAUCUCGAGGAUUUACACUCGCCACUGGAUUGUCGAGUUAUGUGGAAUGUUUAUCUUCAUCCUCGGAUUAAUAAAAGUUGCUGGACAAAGUUAGAAGAUCUUAAGUUAAAAGAAAUUACAAAGAGAUAUAAAUUUCAAAACUGGGACAGAAUUGCAUUAGAGUUAAAUACAAAUCGUACUGCUUAUCAGUGUUUCAUCAGAUAUAAUACAAUAAGGAAAUUUCCUAAAAUAAAAAAUUGUGUAUGGUUAAAUGAAGAGGAUGAUAGACUUUUACAAUUAGUCAGAGCAUUUCAAAUCGGUGAUUUUAUUCCAUGGGGCGAAGUAGCCAGUUGGAUGCAGAAUAGAACCAAACAACAAGUGUAUUUUCGAUGGACUUAUAGUUUGGCACCACAUCUGACCAAAGGCAGAUUCAGUCGAUCAGAGGAUAAUCUUUUAAAAGAUGCAGUCAGUAAGUAUGGUAAAAAUUUUCGUAAAAUAUCAGCUGCAUUGAUGCCCAACAGAUCAACGGUUCAACUACACGAUCGCUAUCAAACGUUGACUAACAGCGAAAUAAAGAAUUGGAACGUAUGGUCGCUAGAUGAAGAUUUGAAACUGUUGAAACUUUUUGAACGUUUUGGUCCAAAUUGGUCUAAAAUAGCUAGCACAAUUACAUGUAAAACGAGGACACAAUUAAGACAUCGACAUGCCUCAAUACAAAGGUAUAUUAACAAAGGUAGAUCUGUUUAUGAUUUGCAUCCCGGUCACUCGGAUAAUGUAAUAGAGCCACAAAAGCAGAAUAAAAACUCUGAUCAGAUCAUGGAUAACUUUAAUGACGACUUUGAUAAGGAAUUGAUCAAGUAUUUCCGUAAAGAACAAAGAACAGAAAGAUCAGUAAAUCACAGACAACAGUCUUAUAAAUCAGAUACACUUGAGUGCCAUGCAAAAAAGUUGUAUGAUAUUUUACAACUACUAAAUGCUGAACUUUGUAUACCCGACGAUGCAAUUAACAAAUCAUUAUUAGACGACAGGCACAAACAACUUUUAUUUUCAUUAAAGAAAUACAUAGAUAUGAAAAAUAGCAAGAGGAGACAAUGUAUGCCUAAAAUAAACUACAAAUCUCCAAAUGAAACAAAAUGCAUAGACUAUCAUGAAGGCACAAAAAAUACCUUCUUAGCUGAACAAACGAUGGUCAUCGAUACUCCGGACAAUGUGAUUUCUCAUAUCGGUGGCUGGGAAGAGGAAUUAGAAUUUCGGAAACUCGCUCGACUGCUUGUGCAGAGAGAUAUCUAUUCAUUUCCCUCUCAGGUCACAAAGUCGAACAUCAACAUCAAGAAUAGCGGCAAUAGGAACAGCUUAUGCUACAACGAAUCAAUGAAAGAAAUAUCGACCUUUUGUUCAAAAGGCAACGGCAAUGCUUUGUUCGAACCAAGCAAUGUUCGCAGUUCUAUAAAUUUGAAAACGUCGCAAAACAAAAAUGCCAUGAUAAAUACUACACCGUUCAACGCGUUUGGAACGAUGCACGAAUUAGCAUCUGCUUCCAUUGAGACAUCAAAAGAUCAAUCUAUAUCCGCAAUUGAAACCACACACGCAACUUUACUCAGUUUUCAACGAUUAUUAAGGUUGAAACGAUUCAACGAAGAAUACAAUAAUUUACCAAAAUUUGUCACCAUGUCAAAGAGAUGUCAACGAUCGUUAAAUUUAUUGGAAAUGCGUUUAGAACAAUUAUUUAAAUAUCCAAUCGGUCUGUCAAAGACCGCGUUACCUCAAGUUUAUGUUAUAGACAGUUUUUCAUGCAAUGACGUUAGAUCGAAGAGAGAAACUUCCGAACCACCAGAAAUAAAAAGCCCGUGCAAAAUUAGAAAGUUUGAAAUAUGCGACAAAAGUAAAUAAGUUCCAGUACCAUGGAUUUAUAAUUAUGAAUGAAUAUAAUACCAAUAUGUGGGAGCCAAAGUUUAGCUUCUGGGUAAAAGACACUGCUGGGGGAAAUAAUUUGUGUGAUUCGCACAAACACUUGGAUAUUUUAGUCAUCUAAAUGUAUGUGUCAUGUAAGGAACAAAUGGAAAUAUUUAAAGAAG